AUGUUUACAAAAAUUUUAUACAAAUUUUCUUCAACUCCUCUACUUACGAUUUCCUUGAUAGGCAGAUCUUCUGUUGGUAAAUCCUCGCUCUUUAAUAAAUUGUAAACAGGAGAGAAUGUGGCCAUCACAUCCAAUCAAAAGAACAUUACGAGGGAUAGAAAAGAAGCUAUAUCUGAAAUCUUCCCACUUCCCAUUAGAUUUGUUGAUACCGCAGGAAUUGAGAACGUAGCUCUCAAGAAGAUUCUAAAUCCAUUACAAUAGAAGAUGCUCAUGCAGACCAUCAAUGCAAUUGAGUAUUCUGACAUCGCUUUAUUUGUGGUGGAUGCCAAAGCUGGUUUAACCAAUAUCGACCAUCAAAUUGCCAGGUGGCUAAAGAAAACACUCUAAUUAACCAAUCCUGAUCCCAAAUUAGUCAACGAAUUGAAGGAAUUGGAAAUCAGGACCAAUCUCAAAAAAGCUAUAUUAGUAGCAAAUAAAUGCGAAAAUGAUUCCAUCUUUGAGACUGACAUUGAUGCAUAACUCAAAAGAUUGGGACUUGGCAAUCCCAUUUAUGUCUCUGCUGUCGAUGGAUCAGGAUUCUAAGAUCUACUUACUAAAAUCUCUGAAAACAUACCCCAAAAUGCAUAUGAGGAACAUUCCGAAAGGAAGCAGAAAAGGAAGGAAAAAUACAAGGAAAUUAAAGAUAAAUGUAGACAAGAAAUGGAAGAAGUCAUCAAACAAUAAGAAAUUGAGUUUGACAUGAAAAUUUGGGAAAGAGAAUUUGAUUAAGCCAAUCCCAACCCUGAAGACAAUAGCGAUCUUGAUGAUGAAAAUAUUGCUAAUCCAAUCUAUACUAAAUCCCCUAUUCAAGAAAAACAAGGAGUCUCAAAGGAAAAUCUGCAAUUACGAAAUCCCAUCAUGCUUUCCAUCAUGGGCAGAUAGAAUGUUGGAAAGUCCAGUCUAGUCAAUACCUUAUUAGGAGAGGACAGAGUCAUUGCUGAUCCAACUCCAGGAACUACUAGAGAUCCUAUAUCCACAUUCUGGGUUUACAAAGGUUAAAAGAUCUAAUUGGUUGACACUGCUGGAAUCGAACCUAAGCCAAAGAUUUAAACUGACUUGGACUUAUAGAUCAUUGCAAAAACAAGAUCCACUUUGAGAUUUUCCAAUGUUGUCGUUCUACUAAUUGAUUCAUUAGGAGCAUUCAGAGAAGUGGACCUAGAACUUGCCUAGGAGAUUGUCAAACAAGGCAGAGGAUUAAUUAUAGCUGUAAAUAAAUGGGAUAUGGUUGAUAAUGAUUACAAGGCCAAAAUAGUUAAAUACUUGAAGGGUUAAUUGGAGAGGAAUCUUGGAGAAGUCCCCAAUUGCAAGUUGAUCACAAUAAGCGCUGAGAAGAAGAUUAACAUCGAUCUUUUGAUGGAUUAAGUUAUUUAGGUUUAUGACAAAUGGAAUACUAGAGUUUCUACUGGUCUUUUGAAUGAUUGGCUCAAUAAAUUCAAAAAGAUUUAAAGUUUGCCUUCUGAGGAUGGUGAUAAAUUAAAAAUUAGAUUCAUUGCUUAAAUCAAAGUGAGACCACCCACUUUUGCUUUGUUCAUUAAUUAAGGUUCUUUGUUCAAAACUAGUUAUUUAAAGUUUUUGAGGAAGAAGUUAAGUGAAGAGUUUGAUAUAUCUGGAGUUCCCAUAAGAUUGGUCUUGAGAGAUAUAGCAUAUGCUAAGGAGAAGAAAACCUUAGAGAAGGACAAUGAAAUGACGGUGGCAGAUUUGUUAUUAAAAAGAAGGAGAAUUGCUCGAUUGGCUAAAUAGAAAUUAGAAAAACUUAAAUAGAAAUCUCAAGCAAAUAGAUAAUGAUUGAAUUGAAUUGUAUUAUAUUUAUAUGAUGAAUAUUAUGAUUUAUAAAAA